CGCUCUGUCAGACGAUGACGUCACCCUGUGUUAGACGGACAGCUGAAAGGCAGAGACUUCUUGUUGACGUUUUGUUUUGAUCGCGUUUAUUUGGAUUUUCUUGGGACGUUUCACCAGCAUUCUCAGCGGAUCCAGAAGCUCGUACCGUCACGCCUCAGUGCGGGGAUCCUGCAAAGAUGAAAUGGAUGUUUAAAGAGGACCAUUCCCUCGAGCACCGAUGUGUGGAGUCAGCCAAAAUACGCAACAAAUACCCGGACAGAGUACCGGUGAUCGUGGAGAAGGUCUCCGGCUCUCAGAUAGUUGACAUCGAUAAGAGGAAGUACCUGGUGCCGUCGGACAUCACGGUGGCCCAGUUCAUGUGGAUCAUCAGGAAACGCAUCCAGCUGCCUUCGGAGAAAGCCAUCUUCCUCUUUGUUGACAAAACAGUCCCCCAAUCCAGUCUGACGAUGGGCCAGCUGUACGACAAGGAGAAUGACGAGGACGGCUUCCUGUACGUGGCUUACAGCGGAGAAAACACAUUCGGUUAACGCCUCACCGAGCAUCCAGCCCUACUCCCUCACACACACACACACACACACACACACACACACACACACACACACACACACACCCCAACACGGAGGGGGGCCUGACAGCAACACGGGCCCCUUCACUUGUGACACUCCAGUAACGCCAGUAUCAAAAACACACUUCAGUUUUUGAUACUGAACUCUAUAAAUUUAUUGGGUUAAAAAAACAAAAAAACAAAAUGCUGCAUUGUUUUGGGUCUAGUUUGGAUGAUUAGACACACAGGGAAAAUAAAGGACAGAAAAAUAUUAAACACUGCCGUUAAAUCCGAUACACGCAUCACCUGAAUGAGACUAAAAGAGGAAAAACAAUAUAUCAAACCAGGAAAACAACCUCCACCCUCCCUCCCAUGUUUUCUUUGUUUCUGUUCUUUGUGUUCAUCCAAAGCAAGAGAGAAACUGUGAUCUUUAACGCUCAAGCUCGGCGCUUUAGACCCACGCGGAUGGAAAGCGGCUUGACGGCCGGCGAGUCCAGCUCAGGGUCGAGCGAAACAGGUUUCAGUACUUCCUCAGUUUGGCUGGUUUACAUUUGCACAUUGCGAUUGCAGAGUCAGGAUCCAGAGCGCAUGAGGAUUUAAACUUUACUUGAAGCUAACUGUGCUGAACUGUGAUAUUUAUCUGCUGGCAGGAAGAAAGCGUAUUACUCUGCAGAAUCUCAGUCAUUUAAGACGCGUCAGAAAAGUGAAGAAGCAGUAAUAAUGAUGAACGCUGCUUUUAUUCCAGCUACAUGCGAGCAAAGAGAGGGCGAGGUUAGCUACUGUUCCCUCCUGAUUCGUUUUUGGAUCUUUCUGCACCAUUAGAUUAUGACUCCAUAAUUUAUUUGGAAGAAUUUGAAUAGUGUCUCAGAAUAAUCAGGCAAGACUCAGAUCUGCUUUCAGUUUUCUUUUGUUAAACUUUAGUUUUAUUUUUGCAUGCGUCAGUCUGACAGGUUUGUUUUUUUGCAGCUAGUACUUGUUUAGCACUUUAAGUUAUUAUAGGUACAUUCACUCUUAUAACACAAAGUUUAUUUUUUCUUUGUGGCACUUACGUUUUAAAGGUGUGAUGUAGAAUAUCUGGACGUGAAAAUCAGGAAUUCUGACGAAACCUCUUUUUGCUGGCUGCGCCUUUUAUGCGAAAACUAAAACUGUUGGUCAGGAGUUUAAAUCAACUCAUUAUCAGCAUGAUUAUCAAACUAAUUUUGUGAAUUUGAUGCUUUUUUUCAUGCUGUACAACUCUAAUAAUUUUUUAAAACAAAGGUGGAAAAUUUGACUUAAUCUUUUUUCCCCUCAUUAGGUCAGAAUGAUUGGUGCAGGUUCAAUCAUUUAAUUCUAAUAAGAAAGAUUGAAAAUGUAUCUUAUUUCCCAGCCAUAAUCAUCAAAGCAACAGAAAUAAACAUUUAAAAUAAAUCACUUUAAUGGCAGUAGAUUUAAUUUUUUUGUUGGAUAUUUUAAUUAAUUAAAACAGAUCACUAAGUAGCCACCAGCAAAGUUAAUUGGCUUUAUAUUUACCUUGUUAUUAUUUGACACUAUAAAAUUAUCUCUGGGUACCGAUAAAGGCAACCCAAGAACCACCAGCGGUUCCGUUCUGGUCACAGGUUGAAGCCUGAUACGAUUCUGUAGAUGAUUUAUUAAAAAAAGGAACCGCUCUGAACCGGAUAAGAAAAUAACAUUUUGAAGCAGAAGAAAACAAAAUUUGUGACCUAAAAUCUUAAACUGAUGAGAGCUCUAAAAGGUUCCAACAAGUGUCUUCUGGCCAUGAAUUGUUGUUUAGAGACAUGAGAGAAAUCUCUGAUCUUUGAUUAUUGAGAGAGAAACUGAAGCCAUACUAAGCAGCUUGUAUGCAGUCAUUACAUGCAUUAUUUUUUUUUUACACUUUCUCCUAGUAUUUCUCCACUUCUGUUAGUGAAGAGUAAACUGUACGCUAAUAAUCACAUAUCUUCAGAUUAUUUUUUGUGCCAUUUUAGAAAUCUGCUUGGCAAAAAGCACAUAAAGAGCAGCAGAAAAGAGAUUCUGGGACAUUUUAAUGGGACAUAUAUGGUCAUAAAAAUGAGAUUUGUCACAACACGUUGCUGAUUUUUUUUUUAUUUUAUUUUAUAAUUUACAGCAGAAAUCACCAAUCAUGCAGUAGCAGAGGAAUAGUUUUUAAUGAUCUUGCUCACACGAAGCAGAGUUAUGAUUUCUCUGGUUAGUUUACCGCUCUUCUCUCAGAUGAAGCUAGCUGACAUUUUAACAGCUGCAGUUUGUUUUGGUGCUGAGAAAUCAUAGCUGAGCCCCGCAAAGAUGAAACCGCCGUUUAAAAAUACGAGAAGGCGUGUGGUCCAUUGUUCUUCCAUCGUCAUCAGACACACGUUACAGAUGUGAAGGGAUUUUCCACAUUUGUAAAAUGUAUGUAGCCAAAUGAAGUGAACAAUAAAAAUAAUAAGCUGA